GGCGGAAUCAACAAGGAAAGGUGAAAGAGGAAAAAGAAAGAUAGCGGAGCGGAAACAGGAAGAGGGACAGAGUGAAAGAUAUAUAUUAUAUAUAUAAAUAUAAACCAAAAAAAAAUAAAGACGAACAUUUCCUUCCUUUCGCUUUACACUUUUCUGCUCCGAUUGAGAGGCGGUAGGGUCGCCGUUUCCAAGGUGACGGGGGCAGACGGAGAGGAAAAUGUCGCUGUUCGGGAAGAAGAAGACGGCGGAAGACAUAAUAAAGGAACAGAAUCGAGAGUUGAGGGGAACUCAACGAUCUAUAGCCAGAGAUAGAGCGGGCUUAGAGAAACAAGAAAAACAGCUGGAAAUGGAAAUUAAGAAAAUGGCCAAGGCUGGCAAUAAAGAUGCUUGCAAGGUUCUUGCAAAACAACUUGUGCAGUUGCGGAAACAGAAGACCCGUACGUAUGCUGUGAGUUCAAAGGUCACUUCUAUGUCUACUCAGGCUAAAUUAAUGAACUCUCAGAUGAAGAUGGCUGGUGCCAUGGCUACCACAACAAAGACAAUGCAAACUAUGAACAAGAAAAUGGACCCACAAAAGACCUUACAAACAAUGCAGAAUUUCCAGAAAGAAAACAUGAAAAUGGAAAUGACAGAAGAAAUGAUGAAUGACACAUUAGAUGACAUUUUUGACGAGUCUGGAGAUGAAGAAGAAAGUCAAGAUAUUGUGAACCAGGUGUUAGAUGAAAUAGGAAUUGAGAUUUCUGGAAAGAUGGCUAAAGCUCCGUCAACAGCCAAAGGUCUACCUACAGCAUCGACGUCUAAAUCUCAUAUCUCAGAUGAAGAAAUUGAACGGCAGCUGAGAGCUUUGGGUGUGGAUUAAUUGAUCAGGCUGUUACUGGGGGAGGAGGAAAUCUCUUUCUGUUCACACGUGAACCACGCCUUUUACCUUAACUAACUUGGAUUUACUUUAAAGGCAACAUUGGAUAAAUAGUGAGAGCAACAUGGACAUUCUUAUGUAACUUUAACAAAAAUAUUCAUUUCCAAGGCCAGACUUUAAAGCCAGGUUCUGCCUUCUUCGGUUCCAUAUUGCUGCUUUAAAACUAAUUUCUCAACGAUUUUUGGGGUGGACAAAAAUAAUAUGUAUGGUUAGUAAUGUUUCUAAGGCUGACAAAUGUAUAUCAAAGCAUGGUACAUGUGUUUAAUUUGUUUGACUCCACUUCUUGUGUAACAAACCAUUUGUAAUAGUUGCCCACUAAAAUGAAAAAGAAAAUGUUUGUUGCCAAUUACUUUUUUUAAAUAUUCUGGUGUAAUCUAUACUAAUUACAUCUCAAUAGGCAAAGCUAUAGGUAGCAGUUUAAUAUUUUCAGUGCUUUCAAAUAAACUGUGAAACAAUUGAGUGACAGUU